CCGUUCCGCGCUCACUGCCCGCCCCCAGCCCGGGCGCAGCGCCGAGCGGAGCGGCGGGGCCGCCUCCUCCUCCUCCUCCACCUCUUCCUCCUGCUCAGCGCCCAGGCAGCGGAGCGCGGUUCCCCGGCGAUGGCCGAGCUCAAGUCGCUGGGCAGCGAGGCGUACCUGGCGCUGGCCCCCGGCUACGGCCCCUCGGCUUUCGCCUACGGGGCGGUGCGCGGGGGCGCCGAGGGCCCGCGGGGCGCGUACCCGGGGGGCGGCGGGGCGGACUUCCAUCCCGGGGCGCUGGGCAAGUCGGCGGAGAGCAGCGGCGAGCAGAGCGGCGACGAGGAGGACGGCUUCGAGCCGGGGGUGAAGGGCGGCGCGGGCUUCGAGCGAGAGGGGAAGCUGAAGGGGGGAGCCCUGGGCAAGAAGCCCAAGGAGCAGCGCUCGCUGCGGCUCAGCAUCAACGCGCGGGAGCGGCGGCGGAUGCACGACCUGAACGACGCCCUGGACGGGCUGCGCUCCGUCAUCCCCUACGCGCACAGCCCCUCGGUGCGGAAACUCUCCAAAAUCGCCACGCUGCUCCUGGCCAAGAACUACAUCCUCAUGCAGGCGCAGGCCCUGGAGGAGAUGCGGCGGCUGGUGGCCUACCUGAACCAGGGCCAGGCGCUGAGCGCCCCGCUGCCCGCCACCCUCAACCCCUUCGGACAGUCGCCCGUCUACCCCUUCGGCGGCGCGGCCGUGCCCGGCUGCCCCGAGAAAUGCACUGCCUUCACAGGAGCCGCCUCCGCCCUCUGCAAACACUGUAACGACAAGCCUUGACUUCUGCCUUCUUCGGGCUUUUCCUUUAUUUUGUUCUUUUUUUUUUUUUUUUUUUUUUUUUUAGUUCUGUGCACUUUUCUUUCCACUGCCAUCAUCCUUGGCUUCCUUCCAUCAGUUAAGUCUGGGUUUUCUUUUUGUUUGCAUCUCUUAAAUACCCCUCUCCCCAUUUGGAAAUAUUUGGCAGUUCACGUGGACUCCCAAAACAUCCACUUUCUACUUUGUUUAGUUACCCCCCACAUGCAACUUCAUCUGUAGAGUCAUUUCCUUCCCAGCCUGUCAGUGGACUGUGAGCGUAAAUGUUGCUUUUCCACUUGCUCUGAGCUACUAAGUUUCUGAGCAGUUUUGAAACAAAACUGUAGAAAAACAGAGAGGGAGAGAGAUCUGGAAAUGGAAACAUCAGUGAGUCUGUUUUGACAUGAUCGACCUGUGUUAAAAAUACAUCAAAAGGAGGGCGGGAAAGCAAAAUCCAGGUGCAAACUAUGCAAUGUUUCAGAUUCCUGAGCGGGUGGGGGUCCUGUAGCCGGCUGGGUUGGACUGCACCUGCAAAUUCAACUGAAAAUCAUUUGGUCAGCACAUGGGAGGGGGGAAGUUCAGUGCUCUUGAUAAAACUAUUGAUGCUUCAAAGAAAGAUGCUUUUUUUUUUUUUUUUUUUUUUUUUUGCACUUAAAAAAUUAACCCGUUCUUGGACUGGGAGGAACCUGUGAUUGUAUGCUAAUGCUUGCUGUUUGCCUGUUUCUCGGCUUGGUUAAGUUUUCCAGAUGAUUUUCCAAAGUCGUUGCUCAUCAUGAUAAACAAAGCAAAAGAUCACUUAACAUAUAAAUAUGUAUUUAUAAUAAAUAAAAGACAUGAAUAACCA